GAGCGGCGCAGAGGCCGCCCCAGCGCCCAUGUGCCCACAGCCUCCCAUGGAGGUGAUGGAGGGGCCGCUCAACUUGGCUCAUCAGCAAAGCCGAAAAGCUGACCGCUUGGUGGCAUCGGGGAAAUAUGAAGAAGCAAUUGCUUGUCACAAAAAGGCAUCUGCGUAUCUUUUGGAGGCCAUGAAGCUGACACAAUCGGAUCAGGCUCAGUUAUCACUGGAAUUACAAAGGGAUAGUCACCUGAAACAGAUACUUCUAAUCCAAGAGCGAUGGAAGAGAGCAAAGAGGGAAGAGAGGAUAAAAAUGCAGCAAACUGCUGACAAGGAUAGCGUAUCACACCUGCAAGCUUCCUAUAAACCAACAGUUGAGGAAUCAGAUGAUCAAAACGUGUCAACUCCUGGCAGUCUAAAAUACAACCCAUCUCCAGAGAAGGAUUCACAGGCAAUCCAUGGUCUGUUUGAUAGGGAGCCAGACACACUACUGUUUCUGCUCCAGUCGAGAAAGAAACCAGCGGAAGUACAUGUUGGAAGCAAAACUCCAAAGGAUGACAAGACAAAAAUUGAGGAGCAGGCCACCAGAAUUGCUGAUCUAGAACGGCAUGUGGAAGUUCUCUUAGCUGAAAACGAGAGAUUAAGGCGAGAGAACAAGCAGCUCAAAGCAGAGCGAGCCAGGCUGCUCAAGUCUCCCCUGGAGAAGGAGCUGGAUGUAGAUGCUGACUUUGUCGAGAAGUCAGAGUUGUGGGGCCUGCAGCAGCAUUCCGAAGCUGCGGCAACAUCAGCAUCCACCUGGCAGAAAUUUACAACCAACACAGGGAAGGGCAAGGACAUUCCAAUCCCCAGCCUUCCCCCACUGGACAUUCCAUCCCCUGAGCUCCCUCUCUUGGAGCUCUCAGAGGAUAUUCUGAAGGGACUCAUGAACAGCUAAGUGGAGACCACAACCCAUGCUCGCCUGUUGUUCAGCACAGUCCAAAAAAGGGAAAGCCUCUGCCAAGGGCAG